AUGUCCGGCCACCCAUUUGGUCUGCUCGAGCAGUCAGAAGAAGAUGCAUUACACACAGCGCGCCUGCUCAAUGUGGAAGAGCGUCCAUUCGCCCGUGUCUCCAAGCGAUUGCUGGGUAGAGACUCACUUCUAAGAACUACUGCCCAACUACCGACACCGCCGCCCGAUGGCUCCGACGCCGACCAGGAAGCAGAGCGCCAGAAGAAAGAGCAAGAGAGAAGACAAUGGCGCGAGGAUGUCAUGCUCGACUUCGCAAAUCUGGAAAGCACCUUCAUUCGUAUCCAGUUUCUCAAGGACAGUAACGAGAAAGAACGCCAGAGAUACGCCGACGAGAAGACCAAGAUCUUGGAGACUGCACAAGCAGUGCGCGACAACACGGCAGAGCUGCGCAUCCAAUUGGAAGAAGCACAGAAAACCUUGACUCUUCGCAAGGAAUACGACGUGCUGGCCGAGAAGAUUACCAACAAUCGCAUGCUAAAGCCGCGGGACGAGCAGCGAGCCAACCUGGAAAAACUCAACGCGGAAAUCGCCGACCUGGAACAUGAAGGACAGGAAUACGAGCAAACUUGGGUGGAGCGUAGAGAGCAAUUCGAGAGCAUUGUGGCUGCAGGACAGCAAAUGCUUAGGGUCAUCAGGGGUGAAAAGGACGAGCCCGAGAAGGACGAGAACAUGGAGGAUGGCGAAGAGCGUGAGGAUGGCGAAGCUACUAAGGACAACAGCCGAAUGGGCACACCUGGGCUUGAUCUGGGCACAGAGGACGACGAACCUUCAUCAAAACGCAGCAGGGGGCCGUCGCAGGGGACGGGAGUCAACACACCCGCUCUAGGAGGAGACGCACAAACGCCUGAUGUUGGAGACACCGUGCCUGCGCCGGCAGAGAAAGCAAUCGACACAGACAUGAUGGAGGCUGCGGAGACACCACAACCUGCACUGGUCUCUGAGCUUGAAGAGGGAGAAGCUGCAGAAGAUUCGGUCGAGGAAGGAGAACACAUGGACGUGACCUAG